AUGAAGGGUUCCUUUAGUAUGAACUGUCUCUUUCUAUGUUUCUUCCUUCUCCUGCCUUCAGCGGCAGCGUGGAGUAAAGAAAUUUUCGUCUCACCGAAUGGUAACGACUCGUCGAGCUGCGUUGCACGCGAUCAGCCUUGCAAGUCCAUCGACAAAGCUUUCGGCGUAGCUUUAUCUGGCGGUGCUAAUUCAACGUUGAUCAACGUAAAAAGCGGAAAUUACACCAUGGCAAAGAGCUUCAACUUCACUAACGUGGAUACCUUCGCUCUUGUUGGCGAUGAGAACUUAGGAUCAGGCAAGGUAAGAAUUACUUGCAAGCCAGAAGUAAGCAUUUCGUUCGUUCUUUGUGAAAAUAUUACUUUCGAAAGAAUACAGCUGCAUAGAUGUGGCGGAUGGCGAGAAAGUACCGCAGGAGCAAACAAGUCGGCCCCUAUAGGACCUGGUAACCGAGGUGUUCUGUUUAGGACCGUAUUAGACUUUCGAUAUUGUAGAAACGCGAAGUUCACCAAUGUUGAGGUGUCAAACACGCCAGGGGUUGGAAUAAACUUCUUUAAUGUUGGAGGCAUUUUGAACUUAACGAAGUGUGCAUUUACCGACAAUAAAGGCGCAAACUAUAAUAACUCAAACGGGCCGCCACAAGUCCCAUUCAUUGGAGAUGGAUAUGUGCUUUCAGGAGGUGGGGUUAUUUUGACUCUUAGCGUGUACGAAGAAGACACCGUCUUUAAUGUCACACGAGGCCAACACGACUCGUUCCAACACAACAACAGCUACAUCUUCUCGAGCUGCACAUUUCUCGGAAAUGAGGCGAUCGGAUGGAAUAUUAGUAGUAUCUACGAUCAAAAGAAGGAUCCCGGUCGAUCAGAAUUUAGCUUAGGUGCAGGAUUGGCGAUAAAUUUCAAAGGCAAUGCCAGCAACUGCAGUAUUCAAAUUCAGUCUUGCUCAUUUACUAGUAAUCAGGCAAUAUGGGGAGGAGCUCUUAACGUCGAAAUAAGAGAUCAGGUGAAAAGGAAUCGUUUCAUGAUAACGAACACUUCAUUUCGUGACAAUUCUGCGAGACUCACCGGCGGGGGAGUUCGAAUUGGCAAUUUACAAACACGGACUGCAAUGGACACCAUGAAUACAUUUAUCUUUGAUAAGAACUGUGUAUUCACAAAUAACAAAGCUAUUUGGGGCGGUGGUGUGUCACUGUAUGGAAGAUCUAUAUGGGACUCUUCCAAUACGGAGACUCGAUUCAUGGGGGAGUUCAAUGUUUGUAUCUGGCGUGACAACCAAGCAACAGUAGGAUCUGCAAUAGCGGUCAUGCUUGACAGAGAUCAGGAAUCAGGAGUUCCAUUCUCGAUCAAGUUCAAAGACUGCGAGUUGAAAGGGAACCAAGUUGUCCUUAUAAAGGAAGGCGUUAAGAUAGGAGAAGGCGCGUUGUACAGUGAUGGGGUGGCCCUUAACUUCCAAGGGAAAACUUUGUUUAUAAACAAUACGUACACGGCAUUGUCCUUAGAUGGGUCGGUGACAAAGAUAAGCGAUCAUGUCAAUUUUAUCAAUAAUCAUGGUUACAGAGGAGGGGCCUUGGCAAUGCGUGGCUAUUCAAAAAUUAUUUUUCAGAAGAAUUCGACCUUAUCUUUUUACAACAAUUCGUGUGACCACAAAGGAGGAGCAAUGUACAUUGAAACUGCUGGAUCUCCAAUGGUGGCUUUCAACGCAACUGGUGUUAACUUUCAGAAUUGCUUUUUCGGAUACGAAAACACACAAGACUUUCGCUACUGGAAUAUUUCUGUAAUUUUUCAAGGCAAUGAAGCAGUUGACGAUAAAAAAGGACAAAAAAAAAAAAACUCGAUAUACGCAACAACUCUACGGAACUGUCGGCGGCCUGGUGAGUCUCGGCAAGACAACACAGUGCUGAAAUGGAAAUUCAUCCAUUUCAAAACUUUAGAUGGUAAGAUUUCCUCGAGAAAGAACGAAGUAACAACUGAUGCUGUAGAACUACAUUUUGAUAAGAAAGAUUGGGAAGUUGCUCCAGGAGAAGUAUUCAACGCAAUAGUCGAGUUGGUCGACGAGAUAGGGAACACCGUCGUUGGAAUUGUGGACAUUAAUAUCGAUGUUCUUGAAAAUACACUACCAGUUAAACUUACAACUACCUCCACGGUCUUUCUAGCUGACGGACAAAUAUCUUCUCUAAGUCUGACUGGAAAGCCAAAGAGUGUUUUCACGGUGGUUCUACAAUACAUGGGGGAAGAAUUAUUACACGUUAAAAUCGUAAACGUCUCUUUGCAGAAUUGCCACGCAGGCUUCAUUUAUAACAGUUCCGUUCAGAAUUGCGUUUGCAUGAAAUCUCCAGGAAUAGCACGGUGUGACUUAAAUGAUAAAAAGACUGUUUACCUGAAGAAAGGAUAUUGGGCUGGGAAAGUGGGCGAUAAUUUCACAACACAUCUCUGCCCAGAUGGAUACUGUACCACUCACAAGUCCAUAUUUCCUUCUGAGUACAAGUACAACGGAACAGUGUGCAAAAAGGGCAGAAACCAGACGAGUGUACUUUGUGGCCAAUGCAAGCCUGGUUACAGUAUCAUGUUUGUGAGCGAACAAUGCUCACGCCAUUGCACUGAUAAAUGGCCAUGGAUGAUUUUUGUCUAUGCAAUAACCCUAAUUAUAGUUACUUGCUUCGUGUUGUUGGUUAAUCCGAAUCUGUCAGGGGGACACCUGAAUGCUUUUUUGUACUCAUACCAAAUCAUGAAAAUACUAAUCCCAGAUGGAUUUACUUUCGAUCCUUUUAUUGAAUUUCUCAUCGGACUGACUAACUUUCAACUUGGAGGUAGACGUGGCGUUUGUUUCGCAGCUGGUUUAAGCAAUGUUGACAAGCUGGCCAUAUCGGCUCUCUUUCCAAUCGCUGAAAUACUUCUGAUAUUGCCUUUGUUAAGACGGGUGUUGAUUAAAACCUGGAGCAGGGGGUUGGACUUGCUAGUUGAUAGACUGAACGACAGAGAGCGUUGUCGUUGUGGUUGUUUCUGUCGAAACGCAGUUGUGAGCUGGCUGGAGUUCUUUUCUGCUUCAUUCAAAGCACGUAUAGAGAAUGGAUUCGACCAUGCCUUCUUCACCAUCGUAGUGUUGUGCUAUGCCGACAUGGCCAACAUUGCACUGCGUCUCUUGCAUUUCGUGAAGGUUGGUGGGCGGUGGGUGUUGUUUGAUGAUGGUAAUGUUGAAUUCUUUGACAGCGUUUUACACGGUAUAUUCAUAAUUGGUGCUAUUUUGCUUCUGCUGUUCGUCAUUUACAUCCCGCUGAGACUUGCAAUCCAUCCGGAGAAAUCAAACUUACGACUUCAAACUCUUCAUGCUUGUUUUAAGCCUGGAUAUCGCUCUUUUGUGGCUUACUACCUUGUGUGUCGACUGGUGCUGUUACUUAUAGGUACUUUUGUACCUAAUAGUUCUUUGAGAGCCUCUUUGUUGCAAUUCUUUUGCAUUCUAUUCAUGUUUGCCGUCGCAACUGUGAGACCUUACAUAGAAAGGAACCUUGGUGGCAAUGGAAACGAGGCUCCACGAGCGACAACUCAGAGUGGUAACUUUACAGAAGGAAGGCAAGUAUCUAAAGAAGCAAGUCUGAGCGUCAAUGAAACACCAGCCCCUCCACAAGAACUAACUCGUGUAGGUGUGGAUGGCGACGAAGUAAAAGAAGAACAAAUUGAGACCGAAGGAGAAAAAAAUCCAAGAAGCGCUUCGACAAGAAGUUCCAAACAGGCAGCAAAUCAUCGCACUGCGCGUAACAAUGAAGGAGAAGAGGCAGAGAGGCCUGGUCGCCAAGAAGAAGGGGAAGGACGUCUAAGAAAUGCUGGUCAAGAGAUAAUGGAAAACCUGUACAUCUACGAGUCCGACCUAGUGAUCUUAGUGACGCUGAGUGCCAUUGCAGUUUUCAGUCCUGCCACCGACACUGAAGUAUCCGAAACCACUAAACUUAGUCUGCAGUAUUGGGUUAGGAUUUUGGCAUACGUCCCACUGGUGAUGGCUUUGGUUCCCUACAUCUUUUAUUUAAGGCGCCUACUACAGCGGUAUCGCCAUGAGAGAAGGGAACAUCAUGUCCCUAAGCCACAGGGUGUAUCAUGUAUGUCGCCUUCCCGUUUAAUUGAGCAGAGCCCCGCAGUACAAGAUGAUCGGUCAGAUGAGAAAACUCCACUGAUAAGAAACAGAGAAGAUACAGCUUCUGACCACGGCAGUAGAUUUUAUACAAUCCCCUAGAGCCUUGCAUUGUAGACGAGGUACGUCACUAUUCCUAAAAUACCUAAACACUGCAUGCAUUCCUUACUUCCCCUUUAAUCUUUCUGUGUAAUCGUUUGAACGCCAUUGCACAUGAGACAAAGAAAUCGAGGAAAGCUGUGAAACACCUUUCUUGAGGGUGAAGAGAAUACCUGCAUGAGUGUGGUAGAUUAAGAGAGAAUUCACCGACUCUUUUAAUCCGGUUACUGCACACGGCGCUUUCGACAACACUGCCACGCGGAACUUAACAUGCAGGAUAUUUGUCCCAUACGAGCCUUCAAUGAGCAGUUUGGGUCGUAGCUUGCUUCAAAGUUUUCUUACUUGCUGGCGUCGGACUCCGCCUCCCCUCCCCGCUCCUCCCCCUCCCAGCCUACGAAAAAAGUUAAGUUAUCUCUAUCAGUCUUACCACGCAGCUGGGGUGUAACAUUGUCUAGUAGGGUGGGGGAAAGAAUGGUUUAUAAAUCGAAUCGGAAUAUCUGAAAUCAUUGUCAAGAUCAUUAUUUCCUUUCAGUUUAUUUUUUCAAAGCCUUUACCUUUUCUCCACAGGCAAAAAUAAGACAUCCUGUGAAUUUUCUUUACUAAUUUUGAUAUCCUCUUUUGAUUCCCUUUAGUUGCCAGAGAUGAAAUUGUACUUAGCUGCGAAUUUAGAAGCUGACGUUUCAGUGAGUUGGAAUAAAGAAGAAUUGAACGCUUUCUAACGCAGUUGAAAAUAAUCAUCCCUGACCAAAACCAAUGUGACUUUUGACUCUAAUUUUGUGCUGAUGCUUUUGUUGUAUCGGGGACUCUUACAGUCAUUUUUUUCUCUAAAAUUGUGAUUUCACGAAAAAAAACUGUUAGGUGAUCAGAAUUAUUUCAUUUGCAAUCAGCGAUCUAUUAUAGCAAGCGUGAAACAGUUUCAGACAAAACCUUAAUAAUGGAAUUAAUUAUAAAUUGUCAUUAUGAUGACGAGACUCACCAGAACCCUUAUUAGGCUCAAGUGUAGUCAAUCGAUAAAUUUUGAUGAUUGAUUUGUAUCCGUAAUUAUACGAACCCACUAAGUUUAACUGGAAUUUCACAGUUUAGUUUAGGAUUAAGCAAGACAUUUACUUACGGCUGAAGCUAGGCUGUCCUUUAUCUAUGAUCUGUGACUUGUACUGUUUGGUUGGUUC